UCCGGGUUUGAUCACUCUACCUCCACGUGAGUGACAUCUUGCUAGAGUAAUGUCAACAAACCCUCUAAUUAUGAAUGGAGACGAGGAGGACGAGGAGUUCAAAGUGUUUGUGGCCCUACAGGCCGGGGCCCUGCAGUCCUCAGGAAUACCCCAAAUCUACUGGAGGAGCCUACAUCACAAAAUAACCAACGAGAUUUAUGAUGCUGGGGAAGUCUUUGGAAUCAUGCAAGUGCAACAAGACGACGAUGAGGACGAGGAAAAAGAGAAUGAGGAGAAGAAGAACAUUCCUGGAAGAGUGAUCAGCAGUAAGGUGGUCGUGACCCGGGAGAGCGGGCUGCAAGCCUCAGAACCAACCAGUGUUUUUCUGGUGGAUCACGCCUGGACGUACCGUGUGGACCAUGCCCGUCAGCAGCUGGAGCAGGUCCCCGGCCUGCUGCCUAGAAUGGCCGCCCUCAUGGGGGUGGACUUCCACGGUGAGGCCCCAGACCCAGACACAGUGGAUCUCGUGCUGGAGCACAUGUGGAAGUACAACCAGACUUAUCACCUCUCCCAGGGUUCUGCAGAAGAGAAGGUUCCCGUGUGGUACGUCAUGGAUGAGUUUGGCUCCCAGGUGCAGCACUCUGACCAGCCCAGCUGUGGCAUGGCUCCCUUCUUCUACGUUCAGGGCCAGCUGGCUUACUCUGUCCUCUGGCCUCUGCAGGACCUGCAGGAAGGAGACGAAGUAACCCGAGAUUACACGUACGGAGAGACAAACCCCCUGGUGAGGCGAUGUUGUCUGUUGCCAUGGAUACCUGUUGAUCUAGAACAGGCCAGCAGCGUCACCGCUGAGCCCCCAGACUCAUACUAUGAGACCAUCAUACGGGAGAACAAGGAGCAGCUUCCUGUAGAGAUCCAACCACACACUGGCCCUGAGGACAAAAUUCUCAAGGUUUACUCCGAGAUGUCACAAGUAACAAACAACCUGACGCAUCCACGCUUCCAGAUAACAGAGGAAGAGGAGGAGGCUGAUAUCAUGUGGUGCUAUAAUCACAUCAAAGACUACAGGAAGCUGAGCGAGGAGCGACCUCAUGUGAUGCUUAACCAGUUUCCCUGUGAGAGCAUUGUCACUGUGAAGGACUGCCUGGCUGCCGUGGCCCGCAGAGUGAAAGGUGGCACAGCGCCUGAUUGGCUACCAGAAACCUUCAACCUUCAAACAGAGCUGCCAGAGUUCAUCAAGCAUUAUCAGCUGAGGCAACAAAGGGGAGAGGAUAACCACUGGAUCUGUAAGCCCUGGAACCUGGCCCGUGGACUUGACACACACAUCACCAACAACCUGGACUACAUAAUCAGACAAAGAGAGAGUACACCAAAGGUGGUGUGUAAGUACCUUGAAGAUCCAGUUCUGUUCAACAGAGAGGAAGUGGGAAUGGUUAAGUUUGACAUUCGCUACAUGCUGAUGUUACGCUCUGUGCAGCCUCUGCGUCUCUAUGCCUACAACGUCUUCUGGUUGCGCUUUGCUAAUAGACCUUUCUCCUUGGACCAUUUUGAUGACUACCAGAAGCACUUCACCGUCAUGAACUAUGCAGAGGGUGUGCAGCUUAAGCAGGUGCACUACGAUGAGUUCAUUCCCAUGUUUGAGGAUCAGUACCCACAAUAUCCAUGGAAGGAGGUGGAAGCGGAGUUGUUUAAAGCGUUCAGGGAGCUCUUCCAGGCAGCGUCGUCUCGACCAGCACCCUAUGGUAUUUGUCCCUAUCCAUCAUCCCGGGCCAUCUAUGCUGUAGACCUCAUGCUGAAGUGGAGUGAGGGGCAGAAUGGUGAGCGGGUCAUGCAGCCUCAGAUCCUGGAGCUGAACUUCAGUCCAGACUGCGCCCGGGCCUGCCUCUACCACCCCUCCUUCUACAAUGACAUGUUCCAGACACUGUUCCUGGAUCAGCCCGAGCAAUGCCCAGUCACCCAGAUCGUAUGAUCAACGCCACUGUGCAAAUGAGAAGCUAUAAAAACAUUGUUGGACAAACUGGAACUGUAUCGUCAAUGAUGUUAGGACAAAUAAACUUUGGUGCUAUUAAACCUGUACACUUAC